CCCGCUCAACAUAACUCCGUGUUUCACAACAUUAUUCACAUUGUGAAUUCUGUUGCUGAUGAUCUGUGUUAUGGGACAAUUUAAUGUCUUAUUGCUGACAUUAAGGGAUUUCAUGUAAACUAAUAUUACUUGUGCUGGAACAGUAAAGGAAAAAACAGGGUAAAAAUGCAACCUGUGGUGGCUUUAUUCCUUAUUGGAGCCCUGGGCAUGUAUCAGGAUAAUACUGCUGGAGCAGAUAAUGCAUACUCCAUGACAGAAUCUAAUCCUACGCAGAGUACAAUAAAUUACCGCCAAUCUGCUGCCAUGACGACCACAGAAAGGCCCUCUAUAUACAUAAUGACAGAAUCUGAACCCACGCAGAAAAUAACCACCAGUGUUACCCCAGGAGCAGAUAAUGCAUACCCCAUGACAGAAUCUAAUCCUACGCAGAGUACAAUAAAUUACCGCAAAUCUGCUGCCAUGACGACCACAGAAAGGCCCUCUAUAUACAAAAUGACAGAAUCUGAACCCACGCAGAAAAUAACCACCAGUGUUACCCCAGACAUACUCCUCUCUGAAAACGGAAAAAACUUCCAAAUAUUUAAUGGCAGCGGAUUCUCCCACAAAAUCAUAGUCUACACAUGUGACGAGCUGGCAGCAAAGACUAUCAUGUGGAGACCGCUGUUCAUCGAAAAAACCAACGGCAGCAGUUUUUUCCAAUUUGUCAUAAUCCACAAAUGUGUACAGUUUGCAGGCGUACUCCACUCUAAAAACGGAAACAAAAACUUCCAAAUAUUUAAUGGCAGCGGAUUCUCCCACAACAUCAUAGUCUACACAUGUGACGAGCUGGCAGCGAGGACUAUCAUGUGGAGACCCCUGUUCUUCGAAAAGACCAAUGGCAGCAGUUUUUUCCAAUUUGUCAUAAUCCACAAAUGUGUACAGUUUGCAGGAGCAGAUAAUGCAUACCCUAUGACAGAAUCUAAUCCUACGCAGAGUACAAUAAAUUACCGCCAAUCUGCUGCCAUGACGACCACAGAAAGGCCCUCUAUAUACAAAAUGACAGAAUCUGAACCCACGCAGAAAAUAACCACCAGUGUUACCCCAGGAGCAGAUAAUGCAUACUCCAUGACAGAAUCUAAUCCUACGCAGAGUACAAUAAAUUACCGCCAAUCUGCUGCCAUGACGACCACAGAAAGGCCCUCUAUAUACAAAAUGACAGAAUCUGAACCCACGCAGAAAAUAACCACCAGUGUUACCCCAGGAGCAGAUAAUGCAUACCCCAUGACAGAAUCUAAUCCUACGCAGAGUACAAUAAAUUACCGCCAAUCUGCUGCCAUGACGACCACAGAAAGGCCCUCUAUAUACAAAAUGACAGAAUCUGAACCCACGCAGAAAAUAACCACCAGUGUUACCCCAGUGGUGGCCACCAGAAAAGGUCCAGUGACUUGUAAUGAAAACGGUACUUCUGGAGGUGAUCAAGGCAAUUGCGUCCCUGCAGCUGUGAUGCAGCUGCUUGAUGAAUCUGAGAAACUGAAUAAUGAGACGCUUCUGGUAUUCCUGGAGAAACUCAAGGUUGUGUCCGUUAACAGAACCAAGAACAUUUCCAAAUCUCCAGAUACAAUCAGUUCCAUUGUGAAAGCCCUCAGCAACGUAGCAAACAGAUCUUCAAUGUUAUCCAUGCCAAUAAAUAAACAAUCAACAGAGGACAUCCUGAAGAUCGCAGGUCUUCUCACCUCUGAUGAAACAAAGGCAUCAUGGGAUACCCUAAACACCAACGAUAAAACAUCGAGCUCAGGCACAGAGAAUGGUGGGAAAAUAAAAAGCUCCAGUGCUUCCUUGCUGAACCUCUUUGAAUCAGUUGCCACCCUCCUUGUCAAUGAAUCGUUCUCUGUUGUGACACCUUUUAUUCAUCUGAGUAGAACUCAGUUAAAAAACAAAAUAACUUUCAACAACGUAUUUAACACCUCAAUGGAAAUAGACAUACCAGAGGCCAGAGAAAGUCAAUUCAUUACUACAAUUGUAUUCGCAUCCAUGGAUAACGUGCUCCCUCCAAGAGAUGAAGACAACUCCCCAUCCAUGGUUAUCAACGGAAAGGUUGUUCUUGCUACAACAAAAGCCAUAAUCAGAAAUAUAUCAAUAACAUCAGGAAUUCUGAAUGACACCCUGGGAAACCCAAAGUGUGUUUUUUGGAAUUUCACACUCUUUGAUGGUCUUGGAGGAUGGAGCGACUCAGGCUGCUCUCUGCUGUCCCACAACAAUGAAACCAUCAGUUGCAGCUGCAACCACCUCACCUCCUUCUCCAUGCUGAUGUCUCCUGAGAUUAUUGAGGACGAAAACAUCAAAGACAUAACAAUAAUUGGAGUUGGCAUAUCCAUGGCUUCUUUGGUCAUAUGUCUUAUCACAGAAGCUCUCACUUGGAAAAAAAUAAGUACCAACACCACCUCCUUCCUGCGUCACGUUUCCAUCAUCAACAUAGCCGUUUCUCUCCUGAUCGCAGACAUCUGGUUCAUCAUUGGAGCGUACUUUACAGACGAUAGCAAGAAGGAACACCCUGCGCUGUGUGCAGUUGUGACCUUCUUCAUCCACCUCUUCUACCUCGCCAUGUUCUUCUGGAUGUUGGCCUCAGGCCUGCUGCUGCUCUACCGCACCGUCUUCGUCUUCGAGGGCGGAUUGUCCAAGGCGUCCCUGCUGGUUAUCGGAUUUGUUCUGGGAUACGUUGCACCACUGGUCAUCGCCGUAACAACCAUGGCAGUGACUGUCCCGUCACAUAAAUACAUCAGACAAAACCGUGGCUGUUGGCUGAACUGGGAGGACUCCAAAGCUCUGUUGGGUUUUCUGGCUCCUGCACUUGUGAUUGUGGCGAUAAACUUCCUCAUCCUGCUAGUAGUGAUUUAUAAAAUGGUGAGCAGAAGAGGACUAAGGAAUACAGGCCAAGGCAAAGAGCAGCAUGUUUUGGUGGUGAUUGCCAGGAGUCUGGCUGUGCUCACACCGUUUUUCGGACUGACUUGGAUUUUGGGAAUCGGAACCAUAAUUGCCCCCAAAAACAGGGAGGUUAAUUUUGCUUUUACCCUGUGCAAUUCACUGCAGGGUUGCUUCAUUUGGGUGUUUGGAACACUCCUGGACAAAAAGGUACGAUCAGAAACUAUAAAAUAUCUGAGCUCCCAGGAUAAGUUGGCGACUGGUUCAUGAUGUCACCCUGCUUCAUGAGUCUUCAUGUGCCGGAGGAGUUCCUCUGUGAGAAGAUUGUUUAACCAUUUUCAUCACCCCUCGUGUUUUGACAUUUCAUUUGGUUUAUUGGAUUCCAAGAUUGUAAGUUGACAAGACUUCAGCUAAUUGGCCAAUUUAUACCCUUUUGGCCUGUUGGUUCCUGUCAGAUCUGGGAAAGUCUGACUUUUUCUUUUCUUGUUCUCCACUGAACUACGUUGGGAGCCAUACGUGUGUUUUCAAACGUUGUAGUCCAGUAGACUCGGUUUGACUGGGAACCAAAAUUGCCACAUUUGUUAUACUUUCAGCUGCUGGGUUUCACUUUCACACUGCACUGUCAAAUGAACCAAACCCUUUGAAAAAACUGAUCCCCUCCUCGCCUUUGGUGGUGUUGCACCGAGAACCACUGAGGCAAAUCCCUUUUUUAUAAAAUGUAAACAAAAAUUUAUUAGAUUUUAGCAGUUGUAUUUCUCUUUUGUCUUUGGUAAAAGACCACAAGCUUUUCCUCCCGCUAGCACUAUGCGCAAGAGUUUGUUUUGGUUGUGUUUACCAAGAAUGCCCUGCCCUAUAGUCCGCUUCCUGCUUUUGGAGAAGUCUCCAUUCCAUUUGUCGUUCACAUAUGCAAUCAAACCAUGUCAGAGCUCACUUAAACUGAACAGAGACCGAGGUUUUUAGAUGGACCAGAGUUUGCUUUUUUUGUUCCAAUCACACAUUCACGCCUUUCCAAACGAAUAGGACCUCAGAAUUCGAUAAAAGCAAACUAAGCAGAGCUGGUGUGAAUGCACCUUAACUUUAACAAAAAAGAAUGCUGAGCAUUACUCUGGAACUUUCAAAAGAGAAUUCAGUUCAGGAUUUUUGGACAAAAUUGGUGCAACAACAAUUCCGGGGUAUAGUGAAAUAUAAUUCAGGACAAAAAUAAUCUUAGUUGAACAUCUUUGUUUUUUAAAUGGCUCCAGUUCAGGAAAUCAAGCGAGUUCAAUGCAAUGCAGUUUAGCACUGCAACUCUGAAUGUCACCACCAUCAACUGACCUCCACCCAUGAACUCAUACAACUGUGGAUUUAACUGACAAAAGUACACUCAGUAUUGCUUCUUGGUGCCAUUGUUUUAGGUCUUUCAGUCGCCCUGCACUUCUUUGUACCAGAGUCUAUAGACAUGAAUGAUGACCUGCUAUUGAUUACAUUUUUGCUCUAGAAUUAUCUUGUUAUUUACACUACUGAAACUAAGAUUAUUAAAAUAACGUGAAUUUACAUGCAGAAUCUUGUAUCAUUUAAGAAUUUAAAAUUUCACCCUACAUGACAAGAUGUUCACUGGAAUGAAGGGCAUGCUGAGAACCUUGUUGUAACUUAAGGACUAAAUGUUGCUAAAUAUGGUUUAGCUUGAUGAUGUAUCUCUGUUUUUGGGUGGAAUAUGUACAAUCAUUUCUUGAAAACUGUUUCAGGUUUAGGUUUGUACUUAAAAUGAGGACCAGAUUGAACUGUGUGGCCUUCUGCUGCUGUAUAAUCAAAAGCUUUAAAACUUUGUUAAAAAAAAAAGAAAAACAUGGAUUACUUUCCUUAAAUAGUUACUGUAAUGUAAUGUAAAUAUUAUUAUAUUUCCUUUAGCUAAAAUUCAAAGGUAAAGACUGCUUACAGUGUAUGGCUAUCAUGCUCCGGUGGUGCUCGUCCAUUUAAAACUUUAAAUUCUAAAAAAAAAAACAAUUCAUCACUCAAAAUGUGGUGGGACU